AUGCCUGGGUAUUUGUUAAUAUUGUUGUUGUCGUUGAUACAUAUCUAUACUGUCAAUUCGACAACGGAUGUAGCUUCCAACUACUUUUCAAACCUUUCUUCCGCGGAAAAGGCAACCUUCCUCAACUGGCUCGAUGCCAAGUUUGGUACUUCAGUUUCGCAGCACUCCUUUCUAACAUCCUCAUCAAAUGCAGAUAAUGGCGCCGCCGUUUUUUGGGAAAUCAACGGGGACGAGAUCGAAUUUGCCAUUGUCGUACGAGCAUCAGGAUGGGUCGCUCUGGGUAUUUCGGAAGCUGGAGGAAUGUUCGGAUCGGAUGUUGUUUACUACGAAUCAUCCAAUCCCAACACGGUUGUCGACUCUCAUAUCAUGGACAGCCGAGCAGCCCCAUUGGUGGAUGACUGCCAAAACUGGAGUUUCCUGUCUACAACUAUUGAACAAGGAUGGUUAAUAUUGGAGGUAAGGCGACCACUCGAUACUGGAGAUUUCCAAGAUCAUGUCCUUCGCAAUGACGAAGAGUUGUGGAUGGCGCCGACUCGGUUGAUUGCUGCCUGGGGAGAUGACAAUAGCCUUGGAUAUCAUGGCCUCAACACUGCACGAAACUCAGUGCGACUAUUUUCCAAGAAUUCUGGCAGUACCAGUAGUGCAUUGCAGGCUUCUUUGGAUAGCAAGUCCGAUGGCUCCUUUGUUGUCACUGAAUCCAGCUAUCAAAUUCCGACCAGGGACACGACCUACCAUGAGCUUUGUAUGACGUAUUCGGACAUUCAACAAGAAAUCGGCACUGCGACAGUUCCUCUGACACUUAUAGGAGCCAUUCCCAUCAUCACGGAAGAAACAAGAGCAUUUGUUCAUCACUUUACAGUCUACAUUCAACCAAGCUGCCAGAAUGACUUGCAAGCUAGGUCCAUGAUAUAUGUUUGGGGUCCAGGUCAUGAGGGCAUGUCACUUCCAGAUAAUGUUGGCUUUCCUUUGUUUGAGGCAGACGACAAACAAGCUAUUUGGAUACAGAUACAUUACAACAAUCAUUCAGGCGUCUCGGGCAUGAGGGAUUCCAGCGGGGUCAGAUUCUACUAUACAGAAACAGCAAGGGCAGAAGAAGCAGGAAUGCUGGAGCUAGGAGAUCCACUUGUCCGGCUAUAUGGUCAAUCCAUUAGCAAUGGUCUAUCAAAGUAUGAAUUCACUUGUCCCGGAUCAUGCUCGGGUCUCUUUUUGGCGCAACGCCAAGUCACUGUCAUUGCUGAAUUCCUCCAUAUGCAUCAAACUGGAGUGCGAAUGACUAACGAAGUGAUUCGCCAAAACGAGGUGGUACACAAUGCCAAAGUCGAUGUCUUUGACUUUGAAGAGCAGGGAGGUUUCCGAGUACCACAGGACCCUUUUACUGUAACUCCUGGUGAUACCUUUCGAACUUCGUGUUACUAUCGGGAUGGAGGAGCAUUUGGACUGUCUUCGCAGGAGGAAAUGUGCAUUGCGUACCUAUUAUACUAUCCAGCCAUUUCAAAUUUUGGAUUCAAUUGGGGGUGUCCGUAUGGGGCUGGUACUCCCAUCUGCGCUCAAGAGCUUGAGAACGAGGACUUGGCUGGAGAGAUUGACUUGAAUCGCGUAUUUGGGUCAUCGGGCGGUGUUUGCCCAGCAGCAUCCCCCGCUCCGUCUGCACAAGCAACCGACAAUCCGACAUUUGAUCCAACCUUAUCACCAACGGAAACGAACGACGAGUCAACUUCUCCAACAUUAUCACCAACUCAAAUGCCAGUUUCAGGAUCUCCACCACCACCGACGAGUCGUCCAAUAGACGUUCAAGAGUCUUCGCCUCCAACGAACAGAAAGGACGAAUCAGCUUCUCCAACAGUUUCACCAACUCAGAUGCCGUUUUCAGAUGAUGCCCCAACUCUAUCAUCUCCCGAACCACCCACCAAUGUCGUCGAUUCAGCUACGCAGACUCCAGGGCUGGGAAUGCUCCUUUGGAUUGGAGUAUUGUGCACUGCUCUAGCUCUGGUUUAG